AUGGAGUUGCUAGCGAGGGGUUUACAAGUUCUCGGUGUCAAGAAGAACGUAGACUGGGAACAACUGGCUGAGGGCCGCAAUGAAGAUAAUAUCAAGUUUGCCCAGUGGCUCAAGAAGCUAGUCGACGCGAACACUGGCGUAAACACAUCGCUCAUUGGCUGGAAGGAACAUCAGACAAGGGCCGACGCAACGAAAUGGAGCGGCCCACCGCAGGCUUCCGGGGGCACCCGCAAAACUCGAGCAUGCACUGCUCAAAAACGAAACACUGUUCAACCCGCAGGUCUUUCGGUGAACGAACUAGAGAAGCAACAGACCGAACUUCAGGAGAAAGCUGACAAGCUAAAGAAGGAAGUUCAGAAGCAACGAGUGAAACUGCAGAGAAUUCGGCAACUUUACCAAGAAUACGAAGCUAAGCACGGAGCCAUGGCGCCGCUUAUGAGUGUUAUGGAGAUGACACAAACGGAGAACGUACCGCCGGUAAAAGGCUCGGAGAGCAAGUGCCGAGACAACAAAACUGAGUAA